AUGCUUUAAAUUCACGAAAUAUGUAAUUAAAUUGGUGAGGAAGGUGCAUCAGGCUUAGGUUCUGCUUUAGCAAAUUGCAUUAAUCUCUCAAAUUUGACACUUUGCCUUGGUUUGAAUUUAAUUGGUGCUAUGGGUGCAUCAGGCUUAGGUUCUAGUUUAGCAAAUUGCAUUAAUCUCUCAAAUUUGACACUUAACCUUGAAUGUAAUGAAAUUGGUGACAAAGGUGCAUCAAACUUAGGUUCUGGUUUAGCAAACUGCAUUAAUCUCUCAAAUUUGACACUUAAUCUUAAAUAUAAUUAAAUUGGUGACAAAGGUGCAUCAGACUUAGUAUCUGGUUUAGCAAACUGCAUUAAUCUCUCAAAUUUGACACUAUACCUUGAUAACAAUAAAAUUGGUGACGAAAGUGCAUCAGGCUUAGGUUCUGGUUUAGCAAAUUGCAUUAACCUCUCAAAUUUGACACUUAACCUUGAUGUGAAUUAAAUUGGUGACGAAGGUGCAUCAGGCUUAGGUUCUGGUUUAGCAAAUUGCAUUAAUCUCUCAAAUUUGACACUUGACAUUAAAUAUAAUUAAAUUGGUGACAAAGGUGCAUCAGACUUAGUAUCUGGUUUAGCAAAUUGCAUUAAUCUCUCAAAUUUGACACUAUACCUUGAUUAGAAUUAAAUUGGUGCAAUGGGUGCAUCAGGCUUAGGUUCUGGUUUAGCAAAUUGCAUUAAUCUCUCAAAUUUGACACUUAACCUUGAUUAGAAUUAAAUUGGUGCAAUGGGUGCAUCAGGCUUAGGUUCUGGUAUAGUAAAUUGCAUUAAUCUCUCAAAUUUGACACUUAACCUUGAAUAUAAUGAAAUUGGUGACGAAGGUGCAUCAGGCUUAGGUUCUGGUUUAGCAAAUUGCAUUAAUCUCUCAAAUUUGACACUUGACCUUAGAAGUAAUUAAAUUGGUGCUUUGGGUGCAUCAGGCUUAGGUUCUGGUUUAGCAUAAUGCAUUAAUCUCUCAAAUUUGACACUUGAUCUUGCAUAUAAUUAAAUUGGUGACAUAGGAGCAUCAGACUUAGGUUCUGGUUUAGCAAAUUGCAUUAAUCUCUCAAAUUUGACACUUGACCUUGAAAGUAAUUAAAUUGGUGACGAAGGUGCAUCAGGCUUAGGUUCUGGUUUAGCAAAUUGCAUUAAUCUCUCAAAUUUGACACUUAACCUUGAAAGGAAUUAAAUUGGUGACGAAGGUGCAUCAGACUUAGGUUCUGGUUUAUCAAAUUGCAUUAAUCUCUCAAAUUUGACACUUGACCUUAGAUGUAAUGAAAUUGGUGACAAAGGUGCAUCAAACUUAGGUUCUGGUUUAGCAAAUUGCAUUAAUCUCUCAAAUUUGACACUAUACCUUGAUGAGAAUUAAAUUGGUGCAAUGGGUGCAUCAGGCUUAGGUUCUGGUUUAUCAAAUUGCAUUAAUCUCUCAAAUUUGACACUUGGUCUUAGAAGUAAUUAAAUUGGUGACGAAGUUGCAUCAGGCUUAGGUUCUGGUUUAGCAAACUGCAUUAAUCUCUCAAAUUUGACACUAUACCUUGAGUAAAAACAGUUUAUUUAUUUUGGAUUGUGA